AUGUUGGGAGUUGCCUUUACUGAGCCUGCCUCCUUGACGUUUACGCCUAGGAGGAAUGAAGCCCUGAAAUAUCUGAAGUAUGAGGUUGAGGAUGAGAACGUUGCUCGCAAGUUACGUCAUAAGACCUGGCCACUGCACCACAGUGAGCCCAACGAGACGUACUAUGGCCAUGGUGUCAAGAUAAUUGGAUGGGGUGAGGAAAGAGAGGAGAAUGGAGAACAAGUUCCCUAUUGGUUGCUUGCGAACUCGUGGGGAACCGAAUUUGGUAACAAAGGAUAUUUCAAAAUGCUGCGUGGAGAGAACGAAUGCGGCAUUGAAGAAUGGGUAACUGCUGGCCAGUUUUGA